CUUGUUUGACAAGGCAAAGCUCAUGGUGUCAGAAGGGGCAACUAACUACUGUUAUUAAAUUUUGUUAGCGCACUCCUUCCUCCUUUAGCUCCUUGCUUGGUGGACGAUGUGAUUGAGGGACUGAGAUGCCUCGGUUGGAGCAGAGAAGUGUAGAGUUGCACUUGCCACAGCGUAUUGCCACUAUUGGUGUUUCGUAGUAAAUAUUUUUUUAAAUUAUUUUGGCCGGUAUUUGCUGUCCUGGACUGGACUGGCCUGCGCUGCUGGAGUGCUGUUGCUGUAGGCUACACUACAGUAGUAAUAGUCGAGCGAUCGUGAGAUACAGUGCAGUGUGACAAUGCCGCGUGCAAGACGCAAGGGCCCAGGGCGCAAUGGCGGAGAUAGUGCAGCUACACCCAGUGCUGCUGCGUCUCAGACCAAUGAUGCUGCUGGCGCUACAUCCACUGAAGAUGAGGAUGUUGAGCAGGCUGAGCUGCAGACCAUCGGCAGUCGCCUGCGAUCUCGCCGAGGAGAUACCCGAGGACCGGAGGAUAUUCUCCUGUAUGACGGUGAUUUGAUAGCUUACGGAGGAGGCAGUGUUGACCCAGAGGUGGGCUAUCAUCUAGUGGAAGUCUUUGGUACUGUGCCUGUAGAGUAUGAGCCACAGGGUGCGCACGCAAUCAUAGAUGGCUGUCCGUAUUUCAAUGAGCAAGUAGGUGUGCGCGGCUGUUUGUGGAUGCCACUGGGAAUGGGCCGCGUGGGCAUACGCCGGGCUUCUUUACAAUGGGUAUCCGUCAAGGCAACCACUGGCCUGAAGGACGAUCGUGUCAGGGUCUCGUGGUCGGAGCACAAGCGUAUUCAACGAGAGCUUGGCGUCCAAGGGCAGAUUACUGUGGACGAUGACGAGGACUUUGAGGAGGAGGAUGACGACGCUGACGCAGAAAGUGAUGGCGAGAGUGGUGACGAUCCUAGCGACGUGUUUGCUUUCUCACCGGGGGCGGCCGCUACCCAGAGUAGCCAGCGCCGGCGCAGGAAGGCAUCCAGUGCUGCUACUGCACCUCGCACAGCCUCUGCAUCGGGUGGUGGUGGUGGUGGUGGUGGCGGCGGCGGCGGCGAUGACGGUGAUGGAUCAGACAAUGAUGAUGAUCAGCCACCGGCCAAGAAACCACGCGGUGGUCGCCGCUCAGCCGGAUCAUCACCUGGAAAGCCAGCCAGGUCUCCGAAACCUCCUAAGCCGGUCAAAUACAAGAAAGGAUUUGUGGCGCCAAGACCCGGCGUGGAUCUGCUCGACACAGAUCCUAUCUUCAGUGGUGACAGUCCAGUGAAAGGUGGCAACACGCUGCAUGCUCUUGAUAUCAUACGUGCUGUGAACAGAAAGGAUCUGACGCUACUGAAGAAACUAUUUGCCGACGUCAAGAAUGUGAGUGCCAUUUUGUACAGCCGCUCGCCAGUGAACCCAGAGUCAGGCUUGUCUAUUGCAAUUUGCAAUGCUGACUUGCCCGUUGUGACUGAGUACCACAAAACCAUGAAUCCGAAGGACGGCACCAAUCGUGAGGUGCGAGUGCAGGAGCCACCAUCUAGCCUGCGCUACAUCCAGUCCGGUUCUGUUGGCAUUGCUACAUUCGGCCAUGCAGUUGGAGCGGUCGGGGCUGCACGAGGUGGCCGUGAACUGCACAAUGCCAUGCUUGCCAAUUCGACUGCCGAAUACGUCCUUGACAGCUACGUCCUGUUAUGUCUCUUCCAGCACUGCUCCAACAAGGAUUUCUUUGAGCGAGUGCAGGCACUGUACGAUCUGCAUUACGAAGCCAUGUAUAGCAUGUAUCAAGCUGUUCGUUUCGGCAACCGUGCUAUGGCUCAGCACAUUGUCAAGAAAAUGCUUGGAAACGGUGGCUGGGACAUGAACGCACUGCACUUGCAGUCAUUGAGUGAUGAUGGCAAGCCAUUUGAUACUUUCCGCGAGGUCAGCGUGACGAAGAAGGGAGGUUCUAGGAACAAGUGCAUCGCCCCAGUUCACAUGGCCGCCAUCAAUCCAGAUUCUAAAUAUCUGGCCGAGCUACUGAAGGUGCAUGGCGACAACUCUGUGAGUGACUCUGAGCAGUGGAGGAUUGUGCACUACGCAGCUGCCUGCACUGCUGAUGGUCCACUGCGACUUCUGUUGGAGAAAGGUGCGGACAUGAUGUGUGUUACCAAGGAGAAGGAGUCACCACUGAUGAUAGCAUCUCGCCUGGGCCGUGCUGACAAUGUCAAGCUGCUUGUAGCCGACAAGCAGAACAUCGAACUGCUUUUGAAACAAAAGGACCGCGAGGCUAACACAGUUCUCCACCUGGCUGCGCUAAACGGCCAUGUUGAUGUUGUCGAUACCCUGAUUGGUGCUGGUGCCAAGGAAGUAGGCUGUAAUCAGAAUCACAUGACACCCAUGGGAGUCGCGGCUGCGUUUGGUCACCUGGACGUCAUCAAGAAGAUGAAGGACAAGGGCUUCUCCAUUGUCAAGCCUGAUCGUCGCCAGCGUCCGCCUCUGAUCCUGGCGUGCCGCGAGGGCCAGGUUCAUGUUGUGCGAUAUCUGCUACACCAUGGUGCUGACGCUGAUUGUGCAGACUCAAGCGGCAACACUGCAGCCCACUAUGCUGCUGCGUAUGGAUGGCUACCGGUGUUGAAGGUGCUUGUAGAAGAAGGUGGUGCUAAUUCUGAUCCAGUUGCAUCGUGGAAGGCGACCCCACUGUCGUGCGCUGCGUUGAAGCACCAGGCGGAGUGUGUCAACUACCUUGUCUCGCUGAAGGAUGUCAAUCUGAAUGUGAUUGACGGCCAGGGCCGCACCAUUGCCGCUAACCUGUGCAUGUGCCCGUCCUUCGCAGGUCUGUCACAGCUGAAACUGCUGAUUGAGCGUGGUGCUGAUAUCACCAUUGCCGACGCUGCUGGCAUGACUCCGCUGCAUCAUCUGUGUGCAAGCACCGGGGCAUUCCCCGGGGAUUCGCGUAACGAACUGAUCGAGCUCUUUGCCAGUCUUCUUCUGGACAGUGGUGCAGACGCGGAGGGAGCAAGCAAGAAUGGGUCUACACCAUUGCUGUGCUCGCUGAAAGGUCACUCGCCCAACAUGCGUGCCGCCAGCUUCCUGGUGGAGCACGGUGUCAAGGUGACGGCGGUCGAUCAGGACGGUCACAAUCCCCUUCACUAUGCCGUCAAGCAACUCGACGAGGACGCAGCCGACCCACUGAUUGCAGCACUGCUCAAGCAUGGCGAUGCAGAUACGCUUGUCAAUUCGUAUGAAUCCAGCGGCAACACACCUUUGCUGCUGGCUCUUCAAGCAGUCGAAAACUGCUUUUCACGGGUCAGCGUGGCCACCCAUUGGAGAAAAGAAGAGUUUGAGCAGAAAGCCGACGACGCACGGGCUAACGUGAAGAAAAUGAUCAAUAACAAGAACAUUGAUAUCAACCUUCCUAAACGCAGAACAAGGUCUUUAAAGGCCGACUCUUCUCCUCCCAAGGAUAAUUCAGACGCACACUCCGACUGUGAAUCUCACAGUGAAAAAGCCUACUCACCCUACGAGGAUGAAGACAUGGAUUGCUCUGAUGAUGAGUCCAGGAAGAAGCAAGUGCCUGUGGCAGCUGAUGGGAAACUGUCGUUUGAGCUGGUGAAUGAGGAUGAUGAAGCUAUGUUCCGUGCCAACCCUGGCGACAAGUUUGGCUACACCGCACUGCACUAUGUGGCAGAGCAAACUGAUGAGAAGUGGCAGCCAAUCCUGGACGCCGUGUUGAAGAGGUCAGAAGUCAAUGUUGACCUCCAGUGUGUUGGCGGACUGACUGCUUUGCAGCUGGCACUGAAAGGAAACAACGACGCAGCUGCUCGCAAACUCUUGAAUGCCAAGGCUGAUGUCAACAAGCAGAACAUUGAAGGCCAAAGUGCACUACUUGUCAUGACUCCUGGUCAGAAAGGUAACACUCUCUUCAAGACUGUGCUGAAGUCCAGUGACCUGAUCCUGCAGGAUCGAAAAGGACGCACUGCUCUUCAUCUGGCUGGUAUGGCUGGUGAUCGUCAGCUUGCACAGGACUUCCUGGAAGCUGGUUGUGAGCUGAACACGGUGGAUCACCUUGGCCGUACUGCACUGCACUACGCCGUGGCCACCGGUGCAGCACGUGCUGAUGCCUCGUCGGACUUGGAGGCAAUGCUUCUGAAACGUGGUUGUGAUAUCAAUGCAGUGGAUGUGUUUGGCCGCUCUGCUGUUCACUACGCUUUCCUGCCUGCUGAAUAUGUGGAGCCGAGUCGAAAGACCCCUGAAGAACGUGCCGUUGUGGCACCCCUGGAGAAGGUGAUGGAGUUGACGGAGAAGAGUGAAGCUUCCAACCACAGCAAGUACGACCCCAUUGAGACGGUGUACUGCCUUUUCUCAGUAGGCAAAGGAACGAAGGUGGAUCCCCUUGACAAGUUUGGCCGUAGCCCACUGCACUAUGCAGCCAAAGUGUCUGCUCUGACCUGCUCUCUGCAUCUCAUUUCUCAGGGUGCCGAGCUGAACUUGAAGGACAGCGUGGAGGGAACGAUGCCUUUGCGCAUGGCACUGUGCUACAACAACCCUGAGUAUGCCAUCAUGAUGAUGCAGAAAGGUGCACAGACCACACCGGGUGAGAUUACCAAUGGCAAGGAUGUCUUCUCUAUUGAGGUGACCAUUGAGAGUGUCUUCUACAUCGCAGUGCAGCGAGGCUGGCUGGGUGUUUCCUACAUGAUCUUUGACUCUGACUUCCCGCUGUUUGAUGGACUGCGUGAUGCUAUGCUGACUCAGAAGUACAUUCUGACGUGUACGCUGAUGAAGAAAGUGGACGAUGACAAGCUGCAGAUCCAGGACGAACAGAAGCGCGGUCUCCUUCACUGGCUGGCCAUCUCUUCCAACUGCUCUGUGGACAACAGUAUUGUGGAUGUUGUCGACAUCCUGGUGAACGCAGGUGUUGACGUCAACGUAUACGAUGUGCAUGGCCGCACAGCCUUGCACUAUGCUGCUCAACGCGCUUGCAGAGCCCUGGUGACUGCCCUUGCUGAUAGGACUGCUACCAAUGUCAACAUCCUCGACAAAGAUGGAAAGUCCCCGCUAGUACUCGCUGUGGAGGGUAAUCGUCGCAUCACCAGCUCCAGCAAGCUUGAGCUGGACAAGAAAGAAGAGCGUGUGGCUGAGCUUUUGGGUCGUGGCUACUUCAAUUCUCCAAUCGCGAAGAAAGCCCCGCUGUGUGAGGAGGCCUACCAGGCUGCAGCACUGCUGCUAAGCGCCUCCGCUGAGCGCUGCAUUCGAUAUUCAGAUGCUGCAUAUACCGAUGGCGCCACCACACUUCUGUGUCAUGCGGUACGGCAAGGGAACAAGGAACUGUUCGAUGCCCUGAUGCACACCUCAACUCCCGAGAAGAAGAAGAUCUGUGAGAUGUGUGAUGAGAAGGGUAGGUCCCCACUUGCCCAUGCCAUUGUUCUCAAUGAAACCGCUAUGGCCACUUCACUAAUUGCACACAGCGAUGUGUCAUGGAAGGGAGAGUUUGAUCGCACCCUGGUACAUCUGGUUGUCAAGCCUAUUGAGUAUGGCUCCUACGAGAAUGUUGAUCUUCUGAAGAAGCUGGCCAAGGCUGAUGCACCGUUGUCGGAUACGGAUGAGAACGGCAAGACACCCAUGCACUAUGCUAAGCUGCAAGACUCUGGCUGCAUGGCCGCUGCUCUGCAAAAACUGGGCGCUGCUGCUCCCAUGCCAGGCUUGAGUCGUGGCCGAACGGUGUGGAAGAAGUUUGCUGAUCGGCCGUACAGCGCAGAUGAGGAUUGUCUGGCAUACAUAACUGAAACAGCUGCCAAGGAGAAAGUCAAGCCACCACCUGAUCACUGCUUUGAAAAGAAGGACACGUCGACAGUGUACAAAGAUGACGAUGGCAUUUUGUUCGAUGUCCUGUUGAACAAGGUGGACCUGUCGCACGGUGCUUUUGGCUACAACAACUACUAUCGCAUGCAAGUACUGCAUGAGAGUGUUCAGGACGCAUAUUACCUGUGGACUCACUGGGGCCGGUGGGGAGAUGACCAAGGUAUGUACCAACGUACUCCUUUCGGCACAGUCAACGAGGCAUGCACGGAGUUCCAGAAGAUCUUUCGCAGCAAAACGGGCAAUGACUUUGUGCAGUCAGCGAAAGACAAGAGCAGCUUCACGGCACAGGCAAAGAAGUAUUCGCUGAUGUCGACCGACUGUUCACACAUGCUCGUGUCCUCUCUACUGAUGCCCAUUGACCUUGACUCAGUACCCGAUUCCGCACUGGACAAGACAUUGCAGUCCACUCUGAAAUACCUGAUGGACGUGACAGUGCUGAGAGACCGUGCUACCAUGCAUGGCUUGUCGAAGGAAAGUGCAGAGAAAGUAUUGAUGUUCGGUGAGGCCAGCGCUGAGAAGAUCUUCCAGGCCAAGAGUGUACUGCUGGAGCUCCAUCCUCUGGUCAAGAAUUACAACCAGUUGCGUUACCAGCCCAACUGCGACAUUGAGCAGCUGAUGGGAAUCAACAAUCGCAUUGUCAAACUCAGUCAGAAGUAUUACGAGAUCAUGCCGUUCGCCCACACUGCCUUUGGUGGCACUGGUUCCUCUCCUAUGAUCAUCAUGUCAGAAGAGCACAUUCUCACCACGGCCAUGCAACGCCUAGAACACUUGUCUGACUUGAGCCUGACUGCGCGUAUUCUACUUGCUGCUUGGUAUUGCCGCAAGACCAUGAACCCUCUCGACUAUGUCUUCAAGUUCAUGGAAGCGUCCAUGACAUUGCUGGAGCCCAACUCACUGGAACGACAGGUGAUUGAGACGUACAUGUGCACCACUGCCUGUAUCUAUAUGAAGACUGUCAAGCUCUCUGCUCUGUACAAGGUUGAGCGGCGUGGUGAGCCGGAGAGAAUGGAGAAGUACCGCUCCAAGCCCAACCAUCGUUUGCUGUGGCACGGCUCUCCGCAGGUCAACAUCAUCGGUAUCCUCAGCCAGGGAUUUAGGUUGAAGAGAGGACGUCCAUCUCGGCUCCACUUCAAGCCGGAUGACGAAGAGGACAUCUGGAAUGGUAUGUAUUUUGCUGACAUGUUUGCAAAGAGUUAUGACUAUUCGAUCACCGGCUACGCGCAACAACUGAAAGUGGCAGACAAUGACCGUCUCUACCUGUUCCUAUGUGAAGUGGCUUUGGGCAAUAUGCACACCUAUGAGUACGAUUCCAUCACCAAGAUGCCAGCAGGCAAGGAUUCGGUUCUCGUCUCUGGUCAGCUCGCUCCGGACUGGAACAAUGCAGUUGUACUUCCAAACGGGGUUGAAAUUCCCCUCGGUGAAGCAGCACACCAUGGCCGCUCACUGGAUGAAAAUGCAGCUAACGAAAACCUCUCCUACGACUUUUCUGAAUACAUUGUGCCGAACGAAGCGCAGGUGCGUAUCCGUUAUGUGCUCGAGAUAGUGGCCAACAAGGAUGAGAAGUGAUCUGGUCCAGCAUUGUCAGCAAGCAGUUUUUCAAGCUUUUGUAGCACGGUGUUCCUCCUUGACUAAAAUGGCAAUGCUCGUCCAGAUUGUUGGAUGGUGACAGCGAACGACAUGUACUGGUGCAAAACAACGAUGCCAAGCCUCUUGAAGGCUGUCAGCAGCUUAGUUUAUCUUUCCGACUGCACCUCCAAUGCAUUACCUCAUCUCGUCCUCUCCUCUCCACAACAUAUAGCCGUAUCCUGUAUGAAACCAGGUCAGUGCACCACGCGCCGGAGGCCUUCCAUAAUCCUAUUGGCAUGGGACUCCGUCAUUACUGUCGUCUAAGUCGUCGUGACCCUUUGAAAGUGAUGUUUACAUUGCGCGAUGCGUAAUCCCCGCUUAUACCCGACAAUGAAAAUGAUAGAAGCACCACAACAACAACAAAAUUCUUUGAGUUCAUUGAUAAUAAUUCUUUUAUAGAGUUUUGAUUUGAAGUUUUCUGUUGGUUUGUGUUUGAAAAUCUUUAUUUUACACUAGCAUUAUUUCCUGAUUUCUUCUCCAGUUUUGUAUUGCAUUUUUAGUACAUUAUGGAAGCACCAAGUUAUAGCACCACAAGCGCCACACGGCAAUAUACUGGAGAUACUGUAGUUACCACAGCUAGAGCUCCAGUGUGGGGAGCAACCAACUUUCAUAGAGAAUUAUUGCCGACGUCACUACCUCUAUUUAUUAGCACUAGAUGGAAAGAAGGACAUCCAAACACUGCACAUAUCGAUACUACUUACUCCUAAGUGCAUGUAGUUUUGAUGUACUUGAAAAGAUUAUUGCUAACUUCCGUUGCAGAAUCGUUUGGUGUGGUGCACAUUCUGUGAGUUGGCUUUCGAUGUGAUGCUUCAUCAUGUUCGCUGUGAACCGGUCCGGUGGUGUAGGAUACAUUCUGUGAAUUGUCUUUCAAUGACACGUCCUUCUA